AUGAUUAUUUACUAUUUGCUACCUCUUUACCUGGCAACAAAAGCCAUUUGCCCCUUGUGUGAAGUCCAACAUGCCGGGAUACCUGUCAUCGCCUGUCACACUGGGGGCAUUCCUCUGCAGAUUGAGGACAGAAAGUCUGGAUACCUCACUCAUCCUGGUGACACCACAGCUGUCGCCAAACAUCUCUACAACUUAUACAACGACAUACCUUUGUACCACAAGAUGAGCAAGUACGCGCGAACCCGCAUUUCUGACGAGGUGUCAACCGUCGGCAAUGCCGCUGCAUGGUUGUACCUCACAGUCAUGUAUCAUCGCGGCAAGAAGAUUAAGCCUGACGGGGUGUGGUUGAACAACUUGUUGCGCGAGGAGACUGACGAACAAUACGUUGCAGGUGAACCCAGGUUGCCAAGGGACAUCAAGUGCUGA